GCUAUCACGCACGCGUGCACGCGCACAGACUCCUGAAACUGGCCAACGCGCAAGCGCGAGGCUGGUAAACCAUGGCGGAUUCAGGAAGGGAAGAUAUAGCGGUGAUUGGAAACACAGAUCUAACUCCUUCAGAGUCGGAAAACAACUUAAAGAACACGAUGGCUGAAAAAGGGACAAGUCUUUUGAAGAUGAUGGAGAUCAGUGUGGCUGAAGCAGAGAAGAGGACCGGGAAGAAUGCCGUCAACAUGCAGGAGACUUAUACAGUUUAUCUUAUAGAGACAAGGCCAGUGGAUGCUGCAUCAGAAGGGACCAAUCCUGUCCCAGAUUCACUGUGGAGGCGUUACAGCGAGUUUGAGCUCCUUCGAAACUAUUUGUUAGUCACCUAUCCAUUUUUGGUGGUUCCACCAUUGCCUGAAAAACGGGCUGAAUUUGUUUGGCACAAGCUGUCAGCAGACAACAUGGACCCUGACUUUGUGGAGAGGCGUAGGGUGGGACUGGAGAACUUCCUGCUCCGAGUGGCCUCUCACCCAGACCUGUCCAGUGACAAGAUCUUCUAUUCGUUCCUCACUGAGGAAAAUGGUUGGAAGGAAACAGUGUUUGAAACAGGAUUUCAGGCGAAGGCCGAUUCAAGAUUAAAGGCUUUAAAUGCCACAUUCAGAGUGAAGAAUCCAGACAAGCGAUUUGCAGAAAUGAAACACUACGGUGAUGAGCUGCAGUCUGUUAUUUCGCAGCUGCUGAGGGUUCGGGCGAGAGCAGCUGAUCGCCUGUAUGGAGUCUACAAAGUGCAUGGAAAUUAUGGCAGAGUCUUUAGUGAGUGGAGUGCCAUUGAGAAAGAGAUGGGAGAUGGGCUGCAGAGCGCCGGCCAUCACAUGGACGCGUAUGCUGCUUCGGUCGAUGAUAUUCUAGAGGAAGAGGAGCAUUAUGCUGAUCAGCUGAAGGAGUACCUUUUCUACGCAGAUGCAUUAAGGGCAGUGUGUAGGAAGCAUGAACUGACACAGUAUGAACUAGAGAUGGCCGCCCAGGAUCUGACCUCUAAGAAACAGCAGCGGGAGGAGCUCGCCACAGGGAUGAUACGGACCUUCUCUCUGAAGGGAAUGACCAGUAAACUGUUUGGACAAGAGACCCCAGAACAGAGAGAGGCCAAGCUGAAAAUGCUGGAGACACAGAUUGAAGAAGGAGAGGAACUGGUCAAAGAAAGAAACGCAGAAUGCGAGGAGUUUGUGAAAAGUGCAUGGGUGGACAUUGAGAGGUUUAAAGAGCAGAAAGACCACGAUCUCAGAGAGGCUCUCAUCAGCUAUGCCAUCAUGCAGAUCAGCAUGUGCAAAAAAGGAAUUCAAGUGUGGAACAACGCUAAAGAGUGCUUCAGUAAGAUGUGAGGGUUCCAGCCACAACAACCAGAACACCAGGAGGCCUUGGAGAUGUCAAUCCAGAAAAGCACACCCUCCUAGAGACUGACCUUGGGGACUUAAGUCUUCCUCUCAAUCCUAAACAUUUGUCAGCCUCUUGUACCAGACGUUCUGGUGUAAAUAGAUAUCAAAUAUAAUAGUUUAGGAGUCCAAAUAAUAAAUGAAUGGGGUGCUGUUUUAUUUAUUUCCAUGUUCCGAGCCAGAUUUUAGACCUGGUUAAUUUUGUUACUGUACUAAUUUGACCUACACAAGAGUUUGUGAAGGUAACCGAUAAUUCUUAACACUUCAGACAGAAACACACAAUGACUUAACACUUCAGACAGAAACAAAAAAAAUACUUUAUUAUUGAUUAAUCUUGAACUAUGGAAUCACUUUAUAAUUUCUUAAUGUCUUUUCCUUUAUGCUUUUUGAUGCCAAAGUGUGUUAAAAUCAAUUCCUUUUUUUAUAUAUAUACUUUUCUUUAACUCUUUACUGCUUUAGUUCACCAUAAAACACAAAAGCACAGAUUAAAACUGUAUAGGCCAAAUAAGAGGGUGGGUUUUUCAAGUGAAUCCAGCAGUUCCAUUUUUAUCGUACCCCACACCCCUCCUCAUAAUGGUGGUCUCGCACAUCUGGAACGUAUCCAGUUUCUGCGGGACAUGCAAAAUGAUCUUUAUCACCUGGCGCAGAGGACACCAAAAGUCAGAUUUCCUAUGAAAGAAAAGAAACUUGUCUUAUUUGCAUGCAAACUAAAUUUUCCCUAAUGCCCAUACAGCAAACAAAGAGGCGUAAUUUCAUCAUAAUGUGCUGGUCUGUCACUUUUCUGCACAUUUAGCCGUAAAAACAUAAGCUGUUUGUGACCACGGAUCCCCUCCCUUUAUAUGGUUCAGUUCAUCUGAGAAAUAUUAAUAUGCUGUUUAUGCCUUAUUCAAGACUUAACUCUGCAUAUCUUUGUUGCCACAGCUUCUGUAUGAAUGCCAUAUUUGUCAUCUGUUAUGAUGAGUGGGUGGGUCAGUGUUUUGAUAUAAAUCUUGCUGAAGGAAUACGAAGGUCACAGGAAAGGCAGGAUAUAAUAAUUUCCUCAUUUUAGAGCUGCAUGUGUAACUCCGCCUGACCCCUGGACAUUCGGUUCAUUUGUUUUUUGGUUUAGAGUGGGGCAGAGAUAACCCUUUUGUAUAUAUACUGUUAAAAUUGUUGUGUAACACUAAUGGUAAUGAUAAUAAUAAAAAAACUACCCAUUA